AUGGCUGAGACGGUAGUGGAGGUUCCUGGGCUCUGGCUAGAUUUCCUGAGCUUUGACUGGAUGGGCUUUGACUGGAUGUCCUGGGCUUUGACUGUAUGUCCUGGACUUUGGCUGGACUUCCUGGACUUUGACUGGAUUUCCUGGGCUUUGACUGGAUUUCCUGGACUUACACUGGAUUUCCUGAACUUCCACUGGAUAUCCUGGGCUCUGGUUAUCCGCGGUUUAAACCAGUGA